UUAGUAGCUCCGCAAAAGAGUCGGCCUCGAACUCUGGGAGAAUUCCCGGUUCCACCCUUCUGAGAAUGGUCUCGCCCACACCUCGGGGCGGAGCUGAGGCGCUCCCCGGCUUCACUCAGCUCCCCUGCAGUUCAACGGAGACGCGGGAAAAUGGCGGAGCACCGUUCCAGGCCUUUGGGGAGGUCCUUCUCGGAAGCGGGACCUAGUGUCUCAGUGAACCCCAAGGCUAAAGGGAGAAGAGUACCAGCUGGAAGAAUAGUAGAGUCUCGGUAUUUACAGUGUGAGAAGAAGAAAGUUGUCAAGGCACUUGCAUCUGAUACUUCAAUCAACAGUUCCAGUGGGAAACAGACUGAAAGUGGAAAAAAAUCUACUGUGUCUCAGAAGGGUAGCACAGGUGUUUCUGCUGGAUCAUUAGCUACUAAUCAAACUGAAAAGGGUGAUCUACAGUCAACUCUGUUAGAAGGACAUAGAACUGCACCUCCUGAUCUGGAUCUUUCUGCUAUUAAUGAUAAAAGUAUCAAGAAAAGGACUCCACAAUUAACCAAUAAAGCUAAUACAGCACAAAAUUCUAAAACACCAAAAAAACACAACAAAGUUUCCACAGAAGAUAUAAAAAUAAUGGAGUCACAGACAUUACUUCUAACACUUCUGGCAGUGAAGAUGAAAAAACAUGUUGCUGUAAUGGAAGAAAAGGAAGAAAGAAAUCUAAUCAUGUUAUGUGAAGAAAAGGACAGACUUCAAAAAAAAGUGCAGAAAUUGAAACGCAAGCUUCAGUUUCAUAAGAAGGAGCAGGAAAUGGCGGACGUCCUUGCUACUCAGAGUGAAUUGCUUGCUCCCUUUGUGGCAAUGUCUGAGGAUUUUAAGAAGGAUUAUAAAACUUUUGCAACUGCACUGGACUCUACCAGGCAUGAACUCCCUGUGAAAUCCAUUCAUAUGGAAGGAGAUCAGGACCAGUUUUUAGAUGAGUUACAACACCAGCUGUCUAUCACACAAAGCUUGUUGGCAGAAGUUACAACUGAACACUUCGAAGAGAAUGCUAAAGUGUUUGAUGUGUUGGGUGAAUUUAAAGAAGUGAUACGGAAAAAGGAUCUAGAACUCAAAAGGAGCUUUGUCCAGGUGCUUAACUUAUCCUCUGAAGUCAGUAAAGAAGCUGCUUUAACUAACCAAGAAGUCUGGGAAGAGACUCAAGGCACACAGAACCUAAGCCAGUGGUAUUUUAAUCAAGAGCAUUCAGAGGAUACUCUAACAGGCAACUGAAGGCCUAAUAGGAACAAGAAGCUUCAUCCAAGUAUCUAUCGGCAAUAAAAGUCAACCCUUCAUCUCAUUCAAUCUUAAGAGCUAGUCCUGUAGUGGAAUUGAAGACUAUAUUGAAAGAGAGAAGACCUCGCAAGAACACUUUCAUCAUCAGAAGAACAAUAUUUGGCUCAGAACACAUAAAAGAGAAAGCUAAUUUUGACAAUAAUGUUUUUAGAUUUAAAUCCAGUUUAGAAAAAAGGGUGGAGUUGUCAGUGGUCACUGAGCAGUUUGAGCUUUAUUUUCAGGAAUGCAUGCAUCGGAAGCUAGUCUUUGCAUAACUGUUUAAGCCCACAUCCAUAAAUAAGCUUAGCAUGUCAUUUCAACAAGGAAAAGAAUUUGAUUACCUUAUCACACAAAUAUACCCAUUUUGACUCUUCCAUUUGGAAUAAGUCAGAGAAAUUGCUGUGAUUUGAUUCCCAGCAUGAAAAUAAAGCUUUAAUGCUGACUUUCAAAAUCAAUGAUCCAAACCAAAUGUUAGUUUCUAUGUCAAAGGAAGUUGGCAUUUUUGUAUAAGAUCCUGGAGAACAGCUUCUCUUGGGCAGUUCUGUGUUUUUUAACUAUUGCAGGGCACUACACAUUUAGUAGCUUUGAUGUAUAAUUUAAAUAUAAAACUUUUUUUUUUUUUAAGCAGUUGGGGUUAAGU